GGGAGUGAGUGAGAAGCUCUGAGGCAGCAGCAGGAAGUAAAACCCUGCUGUUCGGCAUAGCUUUACUUUGCUCAUAAACUUGACCAGAAUCUGUCGGUUCCUGCAUUUUAGAAAGAUGGACAGCCAGGGCAGAAAAGUGGUGGUUUGUGACAACGGAACUGGGUUUGUGAAGUGUGGUUAUGCAGGUUCCAACUUUCCAGAGCACAUCUUCCCUGCGCUGGUGGGGAGACCGAUCAUUCGCUCCACGGCUAAAGUUGGAAACAUUGAGAUUAAGGACCUGAUGGUGGGUGAUGAGGCAAGUGAGCUGCGCUCCAUGCUGGAGGUGAACUACCCAAUGGAGAAUGGCAUUGUCAGGAAUUGGGACGACAUGAAGCACCUGUGGGACUACACUUUUGGUCCAGAGAAACUUAAUAUUGACUCGCGCAACUGCAAGAUCCUCCUCACCGAACCCCCUAUGAAUCCCACCAAAAACCGUGAGAAGAUCAUUGAGGUUAUGUUUGAAACUUAUCAGUUUUCAGGGGUUUACAUCGCUAUUCAGGCUGUGCUCACAUUGUAUGCUCAAGGUCUGUUAACAGGAGUCGUGGUGGAUUCAGGUGAUGGCGUCACCCACAUUUGCCCUGUAUACGAAGGCUUCUCUCUCCCUCAUUUAACUCGCAGGCUGGACAUAGCAGGGAGAGACAUCACCCGAUAUCUUAUAAAGCUGCUGCUCCUGCGAGGAUACGCUUUCAACCACUCUGCGGAUUUUGAGACUGUGCGUAUGAUAAAGGAGAAACUCUGUUAUGUAGGCUACAACAUCGAGCAGGAGCAGAAGCUUGCUUUGGAGACUACUGUACUGGUGGAAUCCUACACACUCCCUGAUGGCAGAGUAAUAAAAGUCGGAGGGGAAAGGUUUGAGGCACCUGAGGCUCUUUUCCAGCCUCAUCUGAUUAACGUGGAGGGAGUGGGAGUGGCUGAGCUGCUCUUCAACACUAUUCAGGCAGCAGACAUCGACACCAGGGCUGAGUUCUACAAGCAUAUUGUUCUCUCAGGCGGUUCUACCAUGUAUCCAGGCCUGCCAUCUCGACUGGAGAGGGAACUCAAGCAGCUUUAUCUAGAACGGGUGCUUAAAGGGGAUGUGGACAAGCUUUCUAAAUUUAAGAUCCGGAUUGAGGAUCCUCCACGGCGCAAACACAUGGUGUUUCUGGGUGGAGCUGUGCUAGCCGACAUCAUGAAGGACAAGGAGAACUUCUGGCUGACGAGGGAGGAGUAUCAGGAGAAGGGUGUGCGCGUGCUUGAGAAGCUCGGUGUCACAGUCAGAUAAACUAUAACAGCGUCUGCUAAACCCUCUGCAUACUCUCAACUCUCCCACAUAUAGGAUAUCCAGAGCAUCUGUCCAGCUGUGUGUCGCUAGAGCUCUCACCUCCUGCAUUCUGCUACUCGUACCACUGAGUUACAUAAUCACUUUUGGAAAGGACAGAUGGGCAGGUGAAUUUGGGCUACUGGGGAGGGAGGUGAGGAGUUUGGCAUCUGUUUUCUUGGGCUCUCUGAUAGUAUUUUUAUGCACCAGAUCAUGGUUGUCACAAGCAGUCAUUUCAACUCGAGUCAGUGUUUGUUCCACACAAAACAAAGCCGGUCUUCUGUAAUAUAGCAAUGAACAAUGGGUCUCUGAUACGAAAGUAGAGUGUCUGGCUAUAAAAUGGGCCUCAUUGAAAAUUCCAUGCAUUAUGAUACAAACUGAUGAAAGUAGAAAAGGCUUCUUGUGACAGCUCACAGCAUUGCCCUGCCGGUCCAGUAAUUAAGAUUGAAGUGGUUUACCCCCAAUGGAAUUUUUGUUAGGGCAAAGACAAUGUGGAGUAAAAACUAAACAACCCAAUUGUGUAUGUUUUGUACAAAGGGACCCACUAGGAAAUGGACCAAUUUCCUAGUCUCUUUCCAAUUUUACCAGUCUCUCCCCGUCAUCCCCUCUCCUUGUCCAGAUGUCAAGUGCUUGUCAUUAAUGAGUUCUUGUGCUCAGGGUUUUUUUUGGUGUGUUGGGUAAAAAUUAAUUUUGUAUUUUUCUAUUUUUUCAGCUCAAAAUUCUAUUCCAUUCUUUCUCUUCCCUAAUCUUGACCUUUUACUGAAUGAUCCCUUUAAUAUGGGCAUUAGCCAAUCCUUUCCAUCUUUCAGCUAUUCCAGGAGAUGAGUAGGUGAUCAGGAAAUUGUUUAGCUUUUUUUUUUUUUUUGCAGACUGUCUGGCAUAGAAUGCAACAGUGUGUAGUCUUUUAGGUUUAAGACAAAAAAUGUGUGUUAAAGGGAGUCACUUUGUAAAUGAAAGAGCUGAUGCUUAUGAAAUUAUCAGAUAUGUGAUGGGAAGAUAUGAAAAUAUUGGUUAAUAUUUGUUUUGUUUGUUUUUUCCAUGUUUGAGUGUCUCAUGUAUUCUAAAGGCACCCCAUGCUGUCUGUAUGUACAUUUCCAUAAAUGUUUAUCUGGUGCCAAGGGCAGUUGAUGUGGCUGGAUCUCCUAUUUUUGGAGCCCUUUUUUUUUUUUUUUGAUCAUAGCAUAACUGCCUCAUGCUGAUUUAAAUAAAGUCCAUGAUUUCUUAUUAA